CACCCAUUAUUCGGGGUUGGAGGAUCCUUCGACCGCCGUCUAACAUGAAGCUCCUCUUGGGAUUCCUGGCCCUGGUGGCCGCUGCCGUGUCAACGGCGAACGGCAUCGGCUACGAGGUCGGCAAAGAAUAUGUGUACGAAUAUGUCGGCAAGAUGUACACGCACCUUCCUGAAAUGGAGCAGCAGGUCUCCGGAGUAAUCUUUAAAAGCAAGAUCAUCGUUCAACCGAAGGGCCAAUACCUCCUCAUCAAGCCUGAGGAUGUUGUGUUUGAAAAGGUCCACAAGGACGUGGAAGAUUUCGAACACAAGGUCUUUAACUACAGGACGAUCGGCGAUCUGACGGAGAACUUCACCAAGCCAUUCAAGGUCUUCUACGACCACGGCAAGGUGCGUAACAUCCAGAUCGGUCGCACCGAACCCAUAUGGUCCAUCAACCUCAAAAAGUCCAUCGCCAGCAUCUUCAACCUGGACCUGGAAGCCAUUCAACCGAUCCUCCCUAAAGAGGAGAAGUUCUACGGCGAAGACCCCAGGAGGUACUCCCAUAUUCAUGAACUGCCCACCAGCUACCGCGUGUAUGAGGAUGGACUCUACGGCGAAUGUGAAACGCUGUACGACGUCCAAACUCUACCGUGGCCAGGAACCGUCUUCUCCACCGUCCUCAACGUGACCAAAGUGAAGAACCUGGAGGAAUGCCGCAACACUCCGUACAUUUUCUUUGGCGAGAAACACGGUUACAAGUGUGUGGAAUGCGAAGGAGACGAAACACACCCCAUCACCUCCAACGUAGCCUACCACUACAACAUCAAGGGCACGCGACACAGCUUUAUUAUUGAAACUGUCAAGGCCGAUGGAGAAGUCAUGUACACUCCAUACACACCUGAAGGAAACGUCAUUAGGAUGCUCCUCAACCGUACACUGACCCUCACCGAGGUGCACGAUGUUCGACUUGACAUCCACAUGGUUCCUGACCUGUUCACCUACAACGACCUCGUCUACGAAUUUGUCGACCCCAAGUUCAAAGGGCGCAUCGUGGACCUGAAGGCAACGCACCCUCUGGUUGCCACGUACGGACUCCAUGCAGACGUCGAUGAAGUUGGAAGGCUCUUCAGAACGUUGGCUGACUUCUACUACGAAGAAGGCGAUGUUCCAGUCGCUAUCCAGAAGGAACAGAUCCCCGUAAAAUUCCUGCAGCUCAUCUACGCCUUCGUUCUGCUCGACUACCAACAAAUCGAUGAUUUCUACCACAAAUUCGUGGAAACCGGAUCCGAGGAAGAGAAAGAAGUGUACAAGGACGUCUUCGCCGAUCUUCUGAAGGUUGUCGGAACGAACCCUUCUUUCCUUUACUCCAAGCACUUGAUCCACACGAAGAGGAUUGGUGAGGAUGAGGCUAUUGAAAUUUUGCGAGGAAUGCCACUUCACAUCCGCGAGCCAUCCGAAAUCCUCUUCGACGAAUACUACCGUCUCUGUGAGGGCAGCUCCGUCCGGGACAACAAGAACCUGCACUCUGCCUGCCUGCUCGGAUUCAGUACCCUGGUAUUCGAGACAUGCAUCGCCAAGUACCACAACACCUGGAACGCUGGCAAGGAAAAAGUUAUCUGCACCCCCGCCGUUGCAGCCAAGUACUUCAACUACCUCGUGCCUCAGUACGAGAGGGACUUGGAAACAUACGAUAGGCUCACCUACAUCAAGGUUGCUGGCAAUUUUGCCGUGAAGGAAGCCCUGCCGUACCUCGAGAAGUACGCCGAUGACACUGCCCACAGGUACCCCAAGUACGUCCGUAUGGCUGCCAUUUGGGCUCUUGCCAAGGUCGCCUCAUUUUACCCAGAAAAGGUUCGUGAAAUCGUCCUGCCAAUGUACAACAACUACACUGAAUCUCACGAAGUCCGACUUGGAUCCUUCAUCGUCUUGAUGAAGACAAACCCAGACUUGUACCUACUCAAGGCCAUUGUGGCUGGCUUGCUCAAGGAGCCCAACACCCAGGUCAUCACCUAUGUGUGGACCAUGUUCAAGUACCUGCAGAAGUCAACACAUCCCUGCCACUUUGAAGUUGCCCAGAAGCUGUGGUACGCUCUACCCAUCGCCGCGAAUAACGAGACCAUCAACAAGGAGAAGUUCGACUGGGCGUAUUCCCAAUUCUACAUGGACGCUGGAUACGAACCAAAGUACGACUACGGAGGUUACACUCAACUAUCCUACAUCAUGGCCGACGACAGCUACCUGCCCCGAUCAAUUUUCUUCAAGGAGAAUGACUACAAGAACAAUUUCAACUACGACACCUUUUCCAUGUCCUUCGAGGGAUGGGGCCUGGACGGUAUUCUGGACAAGGUCUUCGGUCCCAAGAUAAAGGGUGAUGUGAGCCCAUCCCGUAGCCUCUGGAACUACUUUGGAGGCAGGAGGUCAACGCGCGAUAUUACGGCCAACAAGGAGGUCAAGGAGAUUGACCAGAGCCUGCACAUUGAGCCAAGGGAAUACGAAGAGCCUUUCGGAACGUUCAAGUUUGAACUUUUCAACAACGAGAUCGCCUUCUGGACAUUCAACAGGACUACCUUCGAACAUAUCUUCGGUGAAGAGGAAAGAAGUUUGCCAUGGAUCAGGUCAUUCGCCGGUGAUGUCAAAGACUUCAAGAUCACUUCAUUCGACAUGCAGCACGACAUGUCCUUCUUCCUCCCUACCGAGAUUGGUUUACCCUUCUACCUGGAGUACAAAGAGCCGACUUUCUUCUACUACAAGAACAAGGACAUCACGUUUGACGUCAAGACUAACCCUGACGACAACACCGUCACAGAGGUCGGAGCCAAGGUGCACGCCCAUGUCAUGCUAGACUCCCAUGCCAUUGAGACAGUCAGCAUUCUAGUGCCCUUCGAGAAAGUCAGCGUCGGCGUAGGAUACGAAAGUCGCACAGCUGUUUCUGUUCCAGUCAACAUUGAGGGGUCAGUCGACCUCAUUGGGCAUAAGUUCGGCUUGAAGUCUAAGCCUCAGAUCCCACACGAUGUCUUCUACUACGACUUCAAGCCUUUCUCGUACAUCGAAGACUACGAGAACGCUCUGCCCGUGGUUCACGAAGACACUAAGAUUGACUUCUUCAGGGAAGAGGAUUUGCACAAGUUUGAGAAGGAAUACCUGCACGAGGUUCUUGGUGUUGGCAUCAAGGUCGACGGACACUACAUCGAAACUCCAGACUUCUGGGGAAGCUGGAAGAAGUUCUGGCACACCAACGACUUCCGUCAAAAGUACUACUAUCUCUACGAGAACCCACACUGGCACCCACGUAAACUGAGGGUCGGGCUUACACCUGCGAACAGAGAUGUCACCAACGAGAUCGAGGUUGUCUUUGACUGGUCCACUCUUACACCUGAGACGCGCGGCAACACCAUAUUCAAAUCCAAGCUCUUCCCAACGGAAGCCGAUGGCACUUUCCCGAUUAAGGAUGAGCUCAAGUCUUACACCACUGUCAUCGACACAGAAAUCUUCCUGAGGGGACAGAAGGAACGCAAGAUUAGCUCUGAAAUCAUUUACACUCGAACCAAGGACCUCCUUCUGCACAACAUCAAUUUCUUCGUAACUCGUACGCCGUUCAAGGUGACGGAGACAGAUGACACGAAGAUAUGCUUCCACGGCAGUGCUAAGUUCCCUGUCAUCGAUGAAGAUACGGUUGACGACCUGAACGUGCUUACGCUGGACAACGUGAUCAGCACAAACUUCGACCUAUUCUUCGGCAAGGACUGCAAGACGGACCAGAAGGUAGUCCUACGAGGUAUCUGGGAGCACACUGUGGAACAGAAAUACCUCCUGGAAACUCGUGAACUUGAAGAGCCCGUCGGCAAAUUCUUGAAGAACCCUUACAAGGAGACCUGGAAGAAGUGCCUGCGCUACAGAGAGAAGGGAGUCCUGUGGAACAAAUUUUGCCUCAUCCAUUUGUACGAAGCAUCGAAGCUCAACCACUUCAAGGGUGACUUGGAAUACGAAAACCUGUCCGAGCAAUUCCUGUGGUACGUAAACUACAUCAGGCGCUACAUCCGCCACAAGUACUUCCCAUGGGUGCACCAUGUCGACGACCUGCACGUCAACAACCCAGAAGGCCGCGUUCAUGUUGCCGCCAACUUCAGCUACUACGACCCUGUCGUGGAUGUCGAACUGCGUCUCCCGCACGAAAACAUCUAUUACAAGCAAGCUCCCGUGCCAGAAUGGAUCGUCACCCCGAGGCAUUACAAUUUCUUGGAGUACACCAUGUUGUCGGAGUACAGCACACUAUACAGACAUCGUAACUGCGAUGUCCAAGGCCCGUCUAUCAAGACCUUCGACGGUGUCUUCUAUGACCUGCCGGACACUGACUGCUUCAAGGUACUUGCCAAGGACUGCUCACCUCACGAACACUUCCUUGUCCUGGGCGCCAAGACCCACAACGUCAACUUCCAGAAGGCCCUUCGAAUGUUCAUCAGCACAUUCAAGAUUGAGAUCAUGCCCGUAACUCCAGAUACUGAGCCCAUCGUGCGCAUUAACGGAAAGAAGGUCCCCAUAACUAUUGAGGAGCCAUUCAAGCAGUACAUUAACACCGGAGUGCGCGACGUCGAGCUCUUCAACAUUGAGCGACUUGGCCAAAACCAUUUGUACAAGCUCGUCUCUGAAAUCUACGGUCUCCGAAUCUUCUACGACGGACAGGGCAUCUUUGUCCAGGUGGCGCCCUACUACAGAGGCAAGGUAUGUGGCCUCUGCGGUGACUACAACAUGAACAAGUUCAAGGAACUCGUCGGCCCCGACAAGUGCGAGCACUACAACACCACCACCUUUGGAUAUAGCUACGUUAUUCCUUCGAGCGAGUGCACUGCCCCCGAGUACAAGAGCCCAUGCACCAUCAAGCCUGGAGAAACAUGCACGGUAAUGCGCACCAAGACAAUUGAACUUGGAACCGGCAAGAACCGCCAGGUGUGCUUCUCCAUCGCCCCGGUUGCCCACUGCUCAGACUCCUGCAUUGAGACCCGCUAUGUGACCCGCGAAGUGAGCUUCCACUGCCUUCCGGCCAAGGACGCCACCACCAGGAACCUCGUAGCCCAGUCCAAGGUCCGACCACUCAUGGAGUUCCGUCGCAAACGCGAGGACCACAGGGCCGUCAUCGAGUACCCAGAGGGCUGCUACAAGCCCUGAACGUUCUCCAAGGUUCUCCGAGGAACCCCAUGACAGCAUUUAGAACCUUCAUCGCGUCCUCAAGAACAUUCCACUGUUCAUAUACAUAGUGUGUAGUCCGUUUCCAGUCAUGCUUGUUUCUUGUAAAAAAAGAACAAAGAUCUAAGAUGCCAAUGUGAAUAAAGAGAAUGUGAAUAUAUAAA